AAAUUUAUAAAAUAAAUAUUUAUCAACGGUUAAACCAAAUACACUUAAAUUUAGAGGGGGCAAAAGUAAUUGCGGUGCCUUCAAUAUUGGCUUUAACAUCACCACUGACAUUGGAGCAUUUACCUAUAGACGCGCAAUUACUUUUGUAUAACUGUAUUAAUUUUUAAAAUAUUUUUUAGAUUACUUGCAUUUUUGAAUAUUUUUAUUUUUCAAUAUCAAAAUUUAAAUGCCUGGACGUUCAUUUCAAAGGACUAAAGUUAUUGGGAAUUUUAAAGGAAUAAAGGAAUUAAUUGAAGCUAGCCAAUAUGUUGAUGCUGGUGUUAUUGAAGUAACUGCCGCAUUGAAGGAUGUCCCAGACGGGGUUAAUCAAUAUUAUGAGUCACAAGAGCGAAAAUUUGGUUGUUUACCAUGGCGCCUCCAACUUCAGAAAGGGUUUGAUUUGGCACGUGAUCGAUUAGACAGAGAUGUAGGACAAGUUUCUCAUUUUAUCAAGGUCACAUUGCGUUGCGAUUAUACCGAGCAAAGUAAUUGGAUUGCAAAGGCAUCUGGUGUUUUGUCAAUGGAAAAAUGGCCUGAGAAGAUGAAAGGAAAAUCCGAGGCUGAGCGAAAACCUGAACACAAAGAGAUUUUCACGCGCAAAUUCAAUACUUAUGAACGUAGCCAUCAAUUUAUCAAACGCUUUCCUAUGCCAACUAAAAGAGCUGGAUCAGCAGCACCUGCCGAUUCUCCUUAUCUCAAGAAUGGACAAUUCAUUUUUAAAUUGGAAAUAAUUAUUCAUCAUGUUAGGAAAAGUCAUUUCCCCUAUUAUGACUUUGGAAAGAAAACACCAAUGUCCAACGCUGUAGUUAAAAUUGUCGACGGUAGUAAUAUGAUUCAUCGUUACCACGUUAAUAAAGAGUUUCUUUCAAUGCAUUCUGACGCUCUUCAAUCUCUCUUUCAUAAUACGGGUUUUAUAGAAGGUGCUUCCGGUGAGGUUGAACUUCGUUCUGUUGAACACGGUGUUUUUAAUGAAUUCCUUUCAAUUGUUUAUCCUUCGCGCCAUCGGCCACAAAUUAAAUAUGUUCGUGGUUUACUCGAAUUUGCUCGAAUGUACUUCGUUCCAAUGGUUACUGCGAUUUGCGAGCAGCGUUUAUUGGUGGCUGUCGAGGCUGAAAUGGCUCUUGGGGAACGGCUUAGAUUGGCAGACCAAUACGGACUUUUUCAACUGAAGUCUGUUAUAAUGCAAAAGUUGGACCCAAGAAAAAUGGAUGAAAAGUUUUUGGAAGGACUGUCACAAGAGACUCUACAAAUGUUUAUUCGCAAGCAGAAACACAUCGAUCAAAAUGAAAAAGCUGCUGCUAAAAAAUCGGGAACUACAAAAGAAGAGUCCAUGGAUGUUGAUCAGACUGCUCCUUCUUCAAGUCAAGCUACUGAUCGAAGUCACCAUCGUAGAGCAGCUGCUUCUCAUACUUCUGCUGCUGCCAACAAUGCUCACGAAGUUUUAGCUGCACGUCUCCGACCAAUGGCUCGACGAGGACGUGGAAUUGGAUUGAAUCGACGUUAGAAAGAAUAAGAUAUAAAUGGAGCGCUAUAAAAGUUAAAUUUGACUAUUUUUCACGAGGAAAUAUUUUUAAAAAUUUUAAUUCUUACCCGCAAUCUAAAAUAAAAAUUUCUGUUUUUUAUAAUGGACAAUUUCAUUUUUUCUUAAAAAAGUUUUUGUGCCCUUAAAAAUUUUAUUUGUGAAAAUCAAUUUGAGAAAUCAUUUUUAGGAAUGUAUUUACAUGCCUUUUACAUUCUCACUAUUUUAAAUGAUUUACUUUUACCGAUUUUCAAUUUUAUCAAAAUUGUUGACUUUCAAU